CUCUUGAUCACAACACAAGCCUGGCCACUGCCCAACACCUCAUAGCUACCAGUGAGUUCCACCAAAGAUUAAUGGCUCAGGGAAGGGGCAGUGCAGGCCAUUCAGUGGCUCUCGGGGUGGCACUUCUUUGCCUCCUUAUCCACUGCGAGCUCGCCGAGUCUGCCCUUUACACCGUCGGCGGUGGCGGCGGGUGGACCUUCAACACUGUCAGCUGGCCCAACGGCAAGCGUUUCAGGGCCGGAGAUGUGCUUGUUUUCAAGUAUAAUCCUGCGGCGCACAACGUGGUUGCCGUGAAUGCCGUUGGUUAUAAUCGCUGCACCACCCCGAGGGGAUCCAAGGUCUUCAAGUCUGGAAAUGAUCGUAUCAGACUGAGAAGGGGAAGGAACUACUUCAUUUGCAACUUUGUGGGGCACUGCCAAGCAGGGAUGAAGAUU